UAUCAAGAAGUGGAGAGGCAGAAAGGUGCAUAACUAUAACAGUCCACAAUCGCAGCCUCCCACGACUGCCGCUCUGGAACCGCAUGAGCGACUGAAGCUUGCUUGCAGCGAUGAAUGCCGCGAAGCCACUACCACCUCGUCUUCCUCCAUCGUCACUCGAGUAGCGAGAAGGACGAGCCUCGCAAUGGCAUUCUCGCUGCCCUAUGAGCUCGUUGACCUCAUCGUAUCCUCAGUCAGCGGGCACGAUGAGGCCGGAGAGGAGAGCAAAGAGAAGAAGCGGGACCACCGAUCGCUUUGCCUUGUUUCGAGCAUAUUCUACCGUUCUGCUCACCCAAGGCUGUACCGUACGAUCUCUCUCGCCGGGACGUGCGAGCUAGACCUCCUAAGGAGGACGCUCGUCGAGCAGCCUGGACUCGGUGCAGCGAUUCGGCAUCUGUGGGUCUCGUCAAACCGUGGAGCUGUCAGUGGUGGGCAACAACAGAAGCUGCAGAGAGGGGAAACGCUCAUUAAAGACGCGAUCUGGCCCUCAUUGACGAGGCUGCAAGAGGCCGCUUGGAUCACGACCGACGAACAGGCUGGCGGGUUCCGGAUCGGACACGCAGUCAGCGUGCAUGGAAAGGAAUCAGAGACGGACGAAGCGCUGCUACACUACCACCUCGUCCUUCCUUCGCUCGAGGCAUGGGUACACACGCUACUCAGAUCCAUUGCGCGAGGAGAGCAGGGGACUCUGGUCAGCGUCACCAUUACUUUCUAUCCCGGCCUCGUUCUUGAUGACGACAAGCUCGAGCACCUCCUCCGACGGAUCCUCUCGCUUCUUUCCGAGUCCCACCCCCCAGCAAAACUCACGGUGCUCGUCGGCCACGACUCUGUCGCAUUAGGAAGCCGCCUUCGGCGUAUGGACCGGUCUCGAACAAUCUCACAGGCGGCGAGACGCAUCGGCGACGAGCGCCUCAUCGUAGAAGGCGCCAACGGAUUCGCCUUUGGUCUGCCGGGCGGCAAAGGCCUACAGGACGACGUUGUCGAGUACACUCAGAGCGGUUGGAGGACAAGGAUACAGGCAAGGAAGCAUGAAAGGAAAGGCACCAACAACAUGUAGAUGAUUCGCUC